AUUGCAGUGAAACGACGUAUCUCUAAGCGUCAAGCGUCAAAUAAUGAGCAGUUAAAUUUCGUACUGAGUUUACACUGGUCAUUUAUAAAAUUGACAUUGUUGAGUGAAAAAUAAAUGUUGAAGCAUAAGAGAUUCUCGUAAGAAUAGGCAAAGUGAUGUUUGGAUCCAAGAAACUGCCAAAUACUCUGGGCCUGAAAUAUGAAACCGUAAACUUUAUUAUUUGAAACUGAAAGUGUGGUUAUAUUUUUUUUUAGUAAUGCGUACAAAUAGUAUCGAAUAAAAAAAAAGGUUUUUACACAUGAAUUUAAAAAACUGAAUAACUAACCUAAUACUCAAAAAAACAUGUAUGGAAAACAAAUGUAGCAGUUUGGUUAUCCUGCAAGUUGAACGAUGUCCGAGGAUUCAAAAAUGGGCCUCUUUGGCUCUAAAGAUGAUCAUAAAGAAUCAACGUCAGCUGACACCACCAAACAAGAUUCAGCGGUCCGUUAUGCCCCGUACUGUAUAGACAGCGAUUCUGAAACAUACGAUACAGAAGCACUGAGUAUAAUGGAUAUCAAUGAUAUAAUAGGUGUGCAAACAGAACAAGCGGUUGAGUCUACGCUGGAAAGUGAAAUAGCUGCUCUUUCAGAAAUUAUUACUGACUGCAAGCGUGAAACAAGCUCUGCUGCAACUAAUGAAGCCCCUGGAGAAAGUUCAGAUAUUAAAUUUACUGAAGAACUUUUCACUCAACUGACAUCACUGUCACCAGCUGAACAGCCAAGUUCAAGCCUCAUCGAAGAAAGUUGUAUAAAAGAUUUGAGAGUGGAUGAGCCGCCAGAAGAAAAUAUCGCCCAUAGAAAAAUUAGCAAUAAGUCUGCUUCCGAUGAAAACUCUCCAGAUGUUAUAAAAGCUGAAGAUUUAUCGUUCAAAAACAUUUUAGAAGACAAAGUUGUUGUCGAAACGGAUGUUCACGUUACUACUAAAACUGAAGAUGUUACGCCAACUUUGGAUGAACUAAGUAACGAGUGUGAACAAACAAAAGCAGAGCCCACACCGAAGACUGAGAAUGCAGGUGCACCUUCACUCUGCUCCGCUACUCAUGCUAUAAACAAAUUUGACGAAGAUUUUCAAAAUAACAUAUCUCGUAUAAAGGAACAAAAAGCUAGCGACAUCGACAGUAUAAAAUUUGAUUGUGUAAUUGAAACUGUAAACCCUGUGGGGGAGAUUGUUAGCACACCUCUUCCUGAAAUUGCAACAAAGCCAUCAGAGAUAUCUUCACCUAGUAUUCAAAUAAAUUUAAAUGAUGAAAAAAAUGACAAGCAUACAGACCCAUUGGAAUGUGAUGAUAAUGUUGCAGUGCCUGUUGAAAAUCCAGAGACUGAUACCUGUACCAUAGUGAAAAGUGAGGGUUGCGUUGCAAAUACUGAAUUAGAGAGCAAAAUAGCCUCUGAUGAUUCCAUGGAUAAAAAGCUAUCAGAUGUACUUACAAAUGUGGGAAGUAUUUCUAAGAGUCUACAACUCAUUGGGGAAGCUUACAUUUCUGAAGACUCUCAGGAAACUGACGACAAAGAUGAAUUGCCUGCUAUCACAGAUGUUCGUCUUCCAUCAUCCGUUAUAGAAGAACAAAAAACUAUGCAAGUUAUCGAGCCUGAGCAGGAAGUCAGCUCUAGAGAUGUUUUAACAGAAACUUCGCACAACGAAACCGAACUGCGUGAUUACUCCGAUAUACCAACAAGUACUUCUACAAAAUUUACUACAAUUGGUCAAGAAUGUAAGUCAUUGGACGACAAAGAAAAUCCUGGUAACACGCAUAAGAUUUUGGCUGGUCUACAAGAUAACACAAAAAACAAUGAUUUACAUCAAAUCAUCGAAUCACAAGUAAUUGUGAAUCUUAUUGAUGAUUAUGCUAAUGAACAGGAAAAACGAGCAGAAACAAAUGUGCAUAGUCAGGAAAAUACAGAGAAAAGUAGUCAGUUUUGCAAAAUAUCUUUAUUGCCAGAUUCAAGUAUUAUUGACGAUACGAGUAAUCCAUUGCAAACGACUACUGCGUCGGUACAAGAAUUGAUCGACUCAGAAAAAAAACGUUUGCAAGAAACUCCAUAUGUGGAAGAUAAGUCGUUGGAGUCUGAACUUGAAACAAUUGAGGAUCCGACAGGGAAUAAGAUCCUGAAGCUAGCAACAAGUAGCAGUCCAGAUGGGGUUGAAAAGAUUCCCAUAGAUGUUCAAUUGAUUGACGAAGCAGUGGAACCUUAUGAAACUAAUAUCACAUCAUUGGACUCGAGUGCAAAGAUAGUCCUGCCAAUGGAAAACUUAUCUGUACAAAAUCCCAAACCAAUCAAGGUGUCAGAGACGUCAUCUACCAUCAUAUCGACAUAUCCAGAGGUUGGAUCAAAAAAUGCAACACAAGUUGAAUUGGAAAUGAAGUUUGAACACACAGAAAUUGAAAAAGAAAUCAUACUCCCUGAACCCACAUCGGAUAAUAAUAGCGAAUUGAGUAGUUCGCAAAGUCUUGGAACAUCGUUAUCAAGUUCAGAACAUUCACAUACUGCUGAUAAUUUUGUCAAACAUUUUUCUGAAACCUCCACUUCACCUGUAGAAGUUAGUCAAGAUUUACAUAGUGAAGAUGACCAAAGUGUUGAUGCUACGGCACCUGAAAAAACAGUCUUGACAAAUGAAGAAUGCAGGGAAAUAUUGGAAGUUGAAGAACUUCCAGAGACAAUAGAAGAGAAAACAACAAAACAAGUGGUAGCUGAUACGAAAAUUUUUGAGGGUAUUGCUCCAAUCAUACAAUCUGUAGAGAACAAAGAAAAGGAAUAUGAAGAUGAACCCAGUAGCACAUCCAAGAACACUUCAAGCAUUGAAGAAGACGGAGAAACAGUUGAGGUUGAACCAUGUGCAACUGAAAAAGAUGGUCAAAUACAGCAAACAUUGACGGAAAAUACAUCACCAAUUACUCAAGAAAGCCAAAUAGAGUUAAAAAAUAACAUAUCGGCAACUGAGCAUGACAUAUCAGUUGAUUCGAACAAGGAGAAGCCAGAGGAAAUAGAAGAUUCGAAUACAAACUUAACGCAGUCAGGAGAUGAAAACUGUACAGAAAUCAAAAUUCCGUCAUGUGAUAUUGUGGAAGCAAAUGAGGUGCAAAAGUUACAAUCAUCCCAGGAAUUUAGUCAAGCUGAAAAAACAAAUUUUGUCGAAGCAAAAGUUGACGCUGUUAUCUCACAGAUAAAUGAGGAAAACUUGAUUUCACAAAGAGAUUGUUCUCCAGAAGUGAAAAAUUCUGAUCUUCUUGAUGCUAAUUUAAAAGAUAGUAAAGGUGACGUAGAGCCACAAGCUGGUUCUGAAAUCAUUGACAUAGUAAUGGAAAAUGCACCAGACUCAAAAGUAGAAAUAUCUGAAGAUAUUAAUGAAUUAAACGUUGAAAUAUCAAACUUGGAGAGUGUUGACUGCAAAGGUGACUCCUAUCAACCAGAGGUUACUGACGAAUCACUCAACAUCAGUCAGGUUGUCGAAGCAAAAACAGUGGAUUCUACCAUAUCUAUCUGUUCGAAAAUUUGCCAAGAUGAUGUUCCAACAAAACAAGUCUAUAAGGAAUCUCAUCAAUCAGAAGAAACUGAAUCAAUCGCUGUAUUGCCAAUUGAUACAGAAAAUAAACAGAUAAAAGAUACAUCUGACAAAUAUGAAGCAGAGAUCGCAGAAAUUGAAAAUAUUAAAGAGUCAUGUAGUGAGAUCGUUAUUGCGAGCGUAGUAUCACUUGCAGAUUGGGAAAAUGCCUCAGAAACUAGUACAAUGCAGGAUUGGCCUGAAAUUGCCGGCUGCUCAGAAUUAGGUCCUGAGCAUAAUAAAUGUGAGAGCAAAGUAAAUAUUAAAUCAAAAAAAGAACAAAGUGAUAACUUGAAUGUUCCUCAAAUACAGCAGGAAGCAAUUAAUAGUUCUGAAACUUCAUUAAGAGAUGACGAUGUACAGUGUCAAGAGUUAUCUCCUACCAUAACGCUUCAAAAACUGGACAGCCCUGAAAUUCAGGGUGAAAAAUCUCAGACUCAGUCUGAAGCUGAACUGAUUAUUAGUAAAUCUGUGGAUGCUCUUUCGAGUGAUGAAUUAGUUGAGGACUCAAGCCAAACACAAUCCAAAGUUAACUUAAUUUUAACAGAACAUCCAGUAGAUCAAAUUUGUGACUCGCAAAUUAGCAUACAAGAAAUACAAGCAAUUGACAGCAUAUCUGAACUUUCAGAAAAUGAGUCAAAAUUAUUAGAAAACGAACAGAAACUUGAAGAAGACUUAAUUCCAACAAAACAUAUCAAGGCCAGCUAUCCUGAGGUCACAACUGGUAUUCCUUGCUCCAUUGAAGAUUCGAAAUCAAAUCAAAUUUUGGACAGAAAUCUACAAGGUAUUGAAUCUGAAGGAAAUGUAUUUAAGGUGAUACCUGAAUCUGUUUCAGAUACCCUGCAGUCUACUGAUUUAAUAGAAUAUGAACAGAAGGUGAACGAAGAUUUAAAAUGUGAGCCUAUUGAAGAAUUGGAUAAAUUGACAGCAGUGGCUGAUGAAAUUUUGAUUGAUGAGUUAGCUGAUUCUGUAUUAAAAGAUGACCUACAACCCUUGGAAAACUUCAACAAUUUGGAAAUAUUACCCGAUAGCAAUUUAUCUCCAUCAUCUAUUGUGAGUUCUGAUCCAUUAAGAAUCGAACAAGUAGAAACAGACGAAUUUUCUGGAAUAAAAGAUCAAUCUGUAUCAUUGCUAGAAGAAAUGAACAAAACAUGUUUCAUUGAAGAUUCGAGUCAAACAUCAAGUGUAUCACAUGAAGCUAAUUAUAUAACUGAUGUUAUCAUAAGUUCAACAAACAUUGAAAAUAUACAGCUCGCAGAUAAUAUACAAGAAAGGAAUGAUGAAAAUAUUAAUGCUGAUGAGUUCAAAGAAGACAACGGACAAGAGCUAAAAGCUAGUAACAGUUCCAUUCCCAAAGAUAUUUCAUCUGUCGAUCAAAGUAUGGCAAGUAUAAGUGGAGCAUGUAAAACAAAAGAUGAAGAAAAUCUGAAUGUAGACAAAGGUAUUGAAAUAAGUUUACCAUUGAAACAAGAAGAGGAAAAAUUGAUUGAAUGUGCAGUGCUACGAGCAUGUGAUGUCAAAAUUGAUCUACCAGACGAGGUAUUGUUUGAUACUGACGAUGCAGCAGAAUCUGAAGUUCUUUGCCAUACGUCAGAAGACAAUGUUGAUACCUCACAACAAAGUUCAGAAAUUUCUGAAUUAGAAUGUGCUGUAAAAUUCUUACAAGAAUCUGAGGAGCAAACAAUAGAUUCUCCACUACUCUUGUCACCUAAAAUAACUGAAGACAUUGUAGAAGAGAAUUCGGAACAGAAUAAGUCUUGUGUGUUUUUGUCAGAAACAGAAGUUUGUCAGGGUACUUUGGAACUACCUGUAGAAUUGGAACAAAUUAAGCCAAAUUCAAUAGCUAUAUCAGAAGCAGAAAUUAUUUCUGAGGCAGCCAAGUUGGAAAAUGAACGCAAGUUGAAAAUAGCUGCAGAAUUGAGUAAAACUUCGGAAAGUACUUUGAAAUUGGAUGUUACUGAAAAUCUUGUAUCAGAAAAUAAUUCAGAGAUGCUGAAAAAUCUUCUGACAGUAGCGGAGACCCCCAGUUGGAGCGACAGAUCAGGUGAAAGUCUUGCAUCGACUUCGGAAAAAUUUGCUGAUUGCCAAAUCCUGGAAUUACCGGAAAAUAAUAUUAGAAGAUCGGAGAAGAUGCCUAAGAUUUCAAUUCUAGAAGAGAGAUUGAAAGUACCACCCAAAAUAGAAAUACCAUCUAACGAAAUAACUCCGAGAAUAUUAGAUACACCUACAACUCCGAAAACAAGUUUGCUUAUUCAAAGGGAUUCAAAGGUAGACUCUAAAAGUAUGUAUCAAAAAAUGCUUGAAUCUCCAAUAGGUGGAGACAAAAACGAGCCGAGAAUUGCAGACACUCCAAGAAAAGAUUCUGAGAAACAUGAUUUCGAAAAUGUUGGUUCCCCACGAAUAAUUUUGAAAAUAGCAAAGUCUGCUAUCGCUGAUUGCAGUGAGCCGAGAUCACCCAAAAGUCCCAAGAUACGAUCAGCAGCAAACUCUCCGAACCCAGAAGAUAGCCCUGGUCAAAAAUUGGGUAAAAUUAAGUUGAAAUUAUCAAAAGGUGGUCAUCCUUCGAUAAUUUCUAAUGAUAAUUAUGAUGAGAGUACACAGCGUCACACGGAUGCAAUGCUAUCCCCAUCUCAUAUUGGUAUGAAAAUUAAAUUAUCGAAAUCAGGCGAUGCUUCAAUCAUUCAACCUGAUAAAUAUGACUUAACUGACGAGGUUAAAGAAAGUAAACACAAGUUUGAUGAGGUUUUACCAAAACGAAUUGAGUCCUCACUGGGUAUGAAAAUAAAACUUUCGAAAACUGGGGGUCCAUCUAUAGUACAGCAUGAAUCAAAAGAAUUGACCCCCAAACGUAACAAAGAAAAAAUUGAUAGUGGACAAGAUGUUCCAAAAAGAACAGAUUCUCCAAUAGGAAUGAAAAUCAAAUUGUCUAAAAGUGGCGAUGCCUCGAUAGUACAACCAGAGAAACAAGAAGUUUCAGAUGAAUGCGUGUAUAGAGACAAAUGUGAAACUCAAACUGAGAUUCCAAAACGAACAGAAUCUCCAAUUGGUAUGAAAAUCAAAUUAUCGAAGAGCGGUGAUGCAUCUAUAAUAUCGACAGAAAGUUGCGAGGAAUCGAAAGAUUCUUCAUCAAAAUCCAGAGAUAAAUUGAGUUCUAAUCAAGAUCAUCCAAAACGAACGGAUUCCCCUCUGGGGAUGAAAUUUAAACUUUCGAAGUCUGGGGGAGCCUCUAUUAUACAACCAGAAAAAUCUGAAACAGCGGAAGAAUUCAAAGAAGCCAGAGACGAAAUAGAAAAUAUUGCAGCUAUAACAAGGCGGGUCGAAUCUCCGAUUGGUAUGAAAAUCAAAUUAUCAAAAACUGGAGAUGCAUCAAUCAUUCAUCCCGAUAAACAAGAAUCUGACGAGAAUAAAGAACUAAUAGCAACGAAAUAUAGAGAGAAAUCGGAGGUACAGGAAAUCCAGAAACGAACAGACUCUCCUAUUGGAAUGAGAAUUAAAGUAACGAAAAGUGGCGAAGCUACUGUAAUGCCUUUAGAAAUUCCACAAGAGUAUCAAGAAUCGUCACUGCCGGAUGCUGAGAUCUACGAAACGGCGUAUGAAGUUACAAAACCAAAUGAAUCUCCCAUAGGCAUGAAAAUCAAAUUAUCGAAGUCUGGUGAUGCAUCGAUCAUACACCCAGAAAAACAAGAAUUUCUCAACGAACCUAAGGAUAAUGUCGCGGGCCGAGUACAUCCGUCAAUUUGCCAAGAAGGAUCUAAGUCCUUGGAGUCUCCACUUGGAAUGAAGAUCAAGUUAUCAAAAACUGGAGAUGCUUCUAUAAUACAUUCUGAAGUUUCUCCAGAGUCCAAGGAGGCCCACCUAAAACGUGCAGAAAAAUAUCAUACUUCGCUAGAAGGUCCCAAAAGAACAGAAUCUCCUCUCGGGAUGAAAAUAAAAUUAUCCAAAACAGGAGAUGCAUCUAUAAUAGAGCCUGACAAAAAAGAAAAAACCGCAAUGAAGCAGAAAGAAAAAUUGUCAAACAUUCACGAAGUUUCACAAAAGCGCAAGGAAAUGGAGUUUCCAAUAGAAAUGAAGAUUAAAUUGUCAAAGACAGGGCAUCCUACCAUAAUUGCUAAUGAAAAACAAGAUUCUUUCGGCGAAAUGCCUUCAAAAAGUCAAGAUCAUUCCGAAAGUAUUCCAGGCACACAUUACAAGCGUACAGAACCAACAUCUCCCACUAAGGAUUCUCAGAUGAGGAUUUUUAAAACUGGUCAUUCAAGCAUCAUACACGGUAAUCGGUCUGAAUUGACAAUUGAACCGAUUCAAAUGCUUCAUAAAAAAGUAGACAAUGUCAUGGAAGUUCCAUCAAAAUGUCAAGAUGUUACUAUUUCCUCGGUGGAUGUAAAAAAAAGUAAACUAGAAGCUAAAUUGUCGCAUAGAUUACCUGAAGUUACAAUUCAACCAGUUAUGUCUGGAGAACAAAAGCAGAUGAUGUUAGACAAAAAAACGAGUGCAAUUAGCCGACAACAAAUGAGUGUGAUUAAUCAAGAAAUAAGUAUCACUCAUGUUUCAUCUCCUAAACCCACUGAUCUAUCAAUGAGUGGAAAAUUGAAAGAGAUCUUACGCAAAAGUGCAGCUAGCUCUCCGCCGAAUUCGGAUUGUGAAAUUAUUGAGCAUCGGCCAGAGUUAAUUAUUGUUAAUGAAAACUCCAAUUCAAGUCAGGAUGUUAUGAUAAUAGAAGAAGUCAAGGUAGCGGCACAAGAAGUCAAGGUACCUAGAAAACGAGGCAGACCGAAAAGAUCAACGUUACCACCUGGGCAACCACUGAUGCGACAAAUUAUUCCACAAGACCCAUUGGCUUUAGACAAUAUGCCACAUCCACUUGGAAUUGACCAUAGAGAGAGCGACCGUCCGAAACGAACUUGCAGGAGUCAAAAGAGUUAUGCUCCGCCAAAAAGAGGUAGAGGAAGAGGAAGAGGAAAGCGAAAAAUGGACAGAAUAGAUUGUGCUAUUGGGAAAAUACCUCGACUGGAGGAUCCGUUAACUGAAAUUGAAAGAUCAACAAUGAGCUUAAUAGACCCGUUUCAGCAAAGAGUUAUUCCAGCAGUUAUGGCACAGACAUCGGAACUAUACAGAGCUUUGAAACAGAGUCCAACAGAUCGCAAGAGAUUAUUAUCCGAAACGAUAGUAAAGCAAGGCUUUUCAGAGCCACAGAAAAAACUAAGACUUCAAACCGAAGCUGUGAAACAAUUAUCUGCGGUGUUGCCUCUGGAACCUAUACCUCAAGCACGCAUGAUGGUUCAAUCAAAUGUCAAUACAUCAGAUUCAACAGCUGUCAUGAUAUCUGAAAUAUUGCAGCGCUCCGAGACCAUUACCGCAGAGCUGAAUACUGAUCAGUUAAUUGAGGGACCAAAAUCUGCCAUUCACGAAAGCAAAAACAUUAUUGUAGACAUGACAACAACUGAGCAUCAAAAUUGGUUAACACCUUCGAUAAAACUACCCGAAACAAGUAGCAAAAGUGAAGCAAUUUCAAUAGUACAGGUGAUGGAUGAAGAAACCCGAAUGAGUGCAGAGUCCAAUUCGCGAUCGCAAACACCAGCUAGAAACAUCUCCAUACCUGUUGUAGAAACUGUAAUCAAUGAGGAAUCUCAAGGCAGCGUGCUGAGCACUGCCACUACAGAAUCUGAAAAAGUUAAAGUGAAGAAUCGAAGAAUGGAAAUAAACUUUGAUCCUGACGAAGGACCGUUUACUGUUGACAAAAUUGCUGAAUAUGAAUGGCCUCUUGAUAAAAAAGGAGAAACAUUUAUGAUACAGGAACAAAUUUCACAAUACUUGGGAGUGAAGUCAUUUAAACGAAAGUACCCGGAUUUGAAGCGUAGAAUGGUAGAAAUGGAGGAAAGAAAUUACCUCAGAGAAAAUUGUUUAGUGAGUGAAGCUAUGUGCGAUAUGGGACUCACAGCAAUAUGCAGUACGGAAGUGUUAGAUGUCAUGUGCAGCGAUUUUCCAGAUCAGUAUGAAGAGUACCGUAAGCAUAUGCGAGAAAAACAAGCUAAAGAACAUUCAAAGAAGCAAAAAGAACUAACAGCUGCUGCAAAUGCGGAACGAAAUCGCAUAGAUCUUGCAGAAAUGGCUGUACAGUCAGCGUUAUCUUGGAACGUUAAUUUCAAUAAAGCUCGAAAAGAGUCUAGAAAGUAUAGCUUAGAUUUACAAAGUUUCACCAUCCACGUACCUAAAAAACAACAAAAAGUUGACACGGAACGUAAAGUUAGUAACUAUCCUGUGGCUCUGAUACCUGGACAAUACACAGAUUAUUAUAGAGAAUAUACACCUGCUGAAUUGAGGUAUUACCCAUUGAAUACUGUUCUUUAUGGUCCGAUGAAACCUAAUGAACGUAAGUUUGACAGUCAAUCUGAGGGAUCACAGAGUGACAGCGAUAGCGAUUCAUCCUCUGAUGACUCUAGCUCAUCAUCUAGCGAAGGAACGCAGGACACAGAAGAAUCCCAAUCGACGAUCGAUGAAGUUGAUAUGGAGUUGGGCGCCCACAAGGAAGAUAACAAAAACUUAAAGUGUAAAAUGUGUUUAAAACACUUAAACAAACAUGGAAAGGCUGAAGUACUAAUACAGUGUGGUACUUGUAAUGGAAAUGUUCACCCAUCGUGUAUUGACUUGACACUAGAUAUGGUGCCUCACAUUCAAGGGUACUCCUGGCAGUGUACAGAUUGCAAGACAUGUGAUCAAUGCCAUAAUCCUGCAGAUGAAGAUAAAAUGCUCUUCUGUGACAUGUGCGAUCGAGGAUAUCAUAUUUAUUGUGUGGGUCUGAGGCGAGUACCGCAAGGGCGAUGGCAUUGUCGAGAAUGUGCUGUUUGUGCAAGCUGUGGACUGCGAACACCUGGAGGAGCAAAUUCAGACAGGAAUAGCGUUGCACAAUGGCAACACGAAUACAAAAAAGGCGAGAGAAACACACGUGUCUAUGUUUCCACACUAUGCGUUCCAUGCUCAAAGCUGUGGCGAAAAGGCCGUUACUGCCCACAUUGCAGCCGCUGUCACAGCGCCCAACGACUCGACCUGGAACCGAAUCUAGUCCAUUGCGGCGCGUGUGACAAAUAUCUGCACUUAGGAUGCGUGGAAAUCAAGUAUGGAACAAUUGACAGAAAAAAUUAUAUUUGCGAAUGCUGCAGUACACCUACUCAACAAUCGACGAGGUCCUUAAUAUCAAAAAGUUUCAAGACAUAAGUUAUACGUAAAGUAUUGAAACAUUUUGAAGUAAUUACAUGUGUAAGAAAGACUGUUAACUCUAUUACGAUAAUACUUUUUCCUUCUGUUUUAAAGUGUUGUAGUGAAAUAAGACUUGGUCCAUACUUUAUAUCAAAAAUUUCUUGCCUAUGAUUGCUCUUCGCUGAUUUGUAAUCAGUUUAUAAUACGAUGCUAGUAAACUACCAACACACGAUUAAACAAUACAAAUCUAUUCAAUUUGCGUUCGUCGACGGUUCAUUUGUAAGCAUAUAGAGUUUGAUAUUCGCCAAUGCGUUCAUGAUCAUGGUAUACGGACGCGUUAUCGGUGAAAUCAUCUUAUCAGUUUCAGUCCUAUAUUCAUACAUUGAGAAAAGAUAAGGGCUUGCGAUUUUUCUUGUACUUCCCAUUUAUUUUAUAUAUAUUAUAUUUGACGAAAAGUCGUCAGAGAGGUCAAAUUUACGCCUAUCGCCGCGUUCUGCCGCAAUUGCUUAAACAUCUGACCACGUUGCGCGAAGCUCCCACGGUGUUUCCAACUGGCCGUCGAGACUCGAUUUCGAGCGCCGCGCGGCAUCGGUCGCUUCUGAGCAACCGAAGCAAAACCACGGCCAUCAGUCCAGAAUUCAGAUCGCGUUGGUCACGUUGUUUCAAUAUAUUUCCACCAUACUCAUUUGUGAAUAAUCCACGAAGGACUGCGCGUGGUCCAGAGAAAAAAUAACUUACUGAAAUAAAAACAUCCGACGAACAUCGACGGUGAGUGCCCCGAAGCAGAAUUGAACCGCAGGAAGAUGGAUCGAGGUGACCUCCCUACAUAAAAAAUACGACAGAUCUCUGUCGGAUUCGACACAGAUCCGCUACAAAAUCCGGUGUUAUCCUCCACACGAGAGACAAGGGUAGAAGAUUGUGAACGGAUCCUAGUCGGUUUUGUCGUAAAUGAACUCGGUUUGCGGCUUGAUGACCAAAAUUUUAUUUCGGAACGUGUCCGGUUUCUAUUCCCGCGUCCCGAUGAACCUCA